AUGGCCCAUCGCUGUCUGCGCCGAUUCAGACUCGCGAAGCCACCCAGCCUCCCGCAUGUUCGCGCCUUCCACCCCACUCUCACCUCCUUCGUGGUAGCGGACCCCUCAUCGUCAUUCCCUUCGACUUCUUCAUCCUCCUCACCCGUGACAUCUUCGUCCUCCACCCCCCUUCCUUCUCAGGAUGCCCCUCCUUCACGACCCGACACUCUUCCGGCACGUAAACUCGAGGAGCUCCGAGCCGUCUUGUCUCUCAAGUCACCCGACCCAAACCGCGUCUGGCUUCUCUACCAGCAAGUCCUCCAUCUCCAUCCUGGCGAUACGGUCCCACUAGAGAUCCACCAACGCGUGCUUCGAAAAUGCGUCCCGCCUCCUCUCAAUGUACGAACCAUUUCGGCGCGACAUCGAGUACAGAGAACAAGAUGGGAGGCUCCUGCAGUGUACGAAUCGCGCUAUCGGCAAGUCCUCCGUAAUAUACGCUCCACUGGACAAACGCCCUCGCUUCGAGAAUACCACUGCAUACUACAGUACUUUGCGGCUCGCGGGGACUUUAACAACGCGCUCCUGCUUCUCAAGGAGAUCAACCGCCAAGGACUGGCGAAACAACCCCGAACGUAUUCCUAUGUCUUCAUGUCCAUCGCCCAUCGCCUCACUUUCCCCAUGGACGAGGAGAAACGUCGGCGUGUGGUGCUCAAGCUUGCUCAGAGGUGCAACAUACUUAUGGAGGAGAUGUCCAGGGCGAACAUGCCCUUGGAUCAGGUGAACGUUGAUCUCGUAACACGUAUUCUGAAGGAGAGUAUGGACAUGGAAGCUUUCACAACCCUCAUGAGGAACGCGUACGGCAUCGACAUGGACUUUCCGGAUCGAUUGCCCUUGCGAUAUUGGGAGAAUCGAAGCUCUGCGAGUACGGAUGACGCUGCCGAUUCACAGUCCAAACACGUCCCGGCUCGGUUCAACAUCCAUGCCUUCCACACUGCUCUGGAAUUCCUUGGGAGCCAACGGGAGGUUUCGAAGCUCGUCCAGCUUUUCGAGGUGGUCACCAAUCCUCUUCCUGCGAGUGCCAUCCACCGGAACCCGAACGAGGAGGAAGAUGACGACUUCGGCGAGUCGGAUCCCCAAGUGGCGCCUUUCAAGCCUCCGCAAGUACAACCUACCACCAAAACGUACGCCAUCAUGAUCAAGUGGCUCGCGAACGCCGGCCACCUCGUACUGGUCCGACACUACGUCACCGCAGCGAUAGACUGGUGGCAAGACCAAACUCGCACAAUGAAAGCUUGGACGCUCCACCUCCCCGCGAACGAGAUUCCUGCACUUCGUAUGUCUCUGAACCAUUCCCACUUCACCCCCGCCGUCGCCGUCGCCGUUCAAGAACGGAAGGUCCUCCUCACCCGCUGGUUGCACGUCCGCAUCGCCCGCGCCGCGCGCCGGCACAAGUACGACAUCGAGUACUACACCGAGCUCCGCGAACGGUGGCAGAAGCUGGGGUUCUACACUCCCUCCCUCUCCCCUCGGUCCGACAUGGCCGACGAGACGACCGAAGACCACGUCCAGAUCUCCCGCUCCAGGCCGCUGCUCACCUACGUCGACCCCGCCCUCCCGCAGCCGGAGCACGACGAGAAGCGCGCGCGCCUGCCCAAGCCCCCGGUCGGCGUCCCCCGCCUCGACAUCGACACCCACCUCCGGGUGCUCCGGCACGAGUUCCGCCAGCUCUCCGACCUGGAGAAGGAGACGGAGAAGAAGCUCGCGGGCGCGACGACGCGCAAGGCCCAGUGGGUCGGCCGCCAGGUCUGGGCGGAGAAGCCGAUCUUCGUCCCCGGGGAGCCCGCGCUCGUGAAGGUGUCGCCCGAGGAGUACACCGCGCAGCUGAGGGGGAGCUUCAAGACGACGUGGCAGACGAUCCGGAAGCACCUCAAGCGGCGGCGCGGGAGCACGCGCGCGAUGGAGUGGCGGCGGUGGCAGCGCCGGCCGCCGCUCUUCCGCGGGGCGAUGGUGCAGAAGGAGCUCGACGCGGAGGCGCUGGAGAUCAGGCCCCCGCUGGUGAAGCUGGCGCUGCUGGCGAGGAGGCGGAGGUGGAGGCAGCUGUUCGUGACGAAGCGCAGGAUUCGCAUCAUAUCCGAGAAGCUGGCCCGCGAACGGGGUCUCGAGACAAUACCGGAGCUGAUGGAGGAGGGUACGAAAGCGCGUCGGCGUUCGUGA